AUGGCGCCGGCGACAAUAUCGACGUCUGUCGGGGAGCUCCCCUCGAAGGAAGAAGUGAAGGAGCAAGUCAAGGAGUCGGCGAAGGGUGCUGUAUCUGGGCUGCGAUCUCUGGCUGCAGGAGGUGUGGGCGGCGUGUGCGCAGUCAUUGUUGGCCAUCCCUUCGAUCUGGUCAAAGUGCGGCUGCAGACGGCGGAGAAGGGCGUCUACACUGGUGCUAUUGACGUGGUGAAGAAAACAAUCGCAAGAGAAGGAUUUGCUCGCGGCCUCUAUGCUGGUGUCUCUGCGCCCUUGGUGGGCGUCACACCCAUGUUUGCAGUGAGCUUCUGGGGUUACGACAUGGGCAAGCUGCUGGUCGACAAGUUUGCAACGGUGCCAGUCGUCAACAACACCCCCCAGUACAGCAUUGGGCAGAUAUCAGCAGCUGGUUUCUUCUCCGCGAUCCCCAUGACCUUGAUUACGGCGCCUUUUGAACGUGUCAAGGUCCUGCUUCAGAUCCAGGGACAGAAACAGCUUGCUCCGGGCGAGAAACCAAAAUAUAGCGGCGGUGUCGACGUCGUCAGGCAAUUAUACAAAGAGGGAGGGAUCCGCUCCGUUUUCCGCGGCAGCGCAAUGACCCUUGCCCGCGACGGUCCCGGUUCAGCGGCAUACUUUGCAGUCUAUGAAUAUGUCAAGCGCAGCCUCAGCCCGAAGGACAAACAUGGCAAUGCAACGGGGCAACUAAGUCUUCCUGCGGUCAUGACGGCCGGCGGUGCUGCUGGAGUGGCUAUGUGGAUCCCGGUCUUCCCAGUUGAUACCAUCAAAUCGAGGCUGCAGUCCGCAGAGGGACGACCGACCAUCGGGGGCACUAUAAGCAGUGUCUAUCGGAGCGGAGGCAUCAAGGCUUUCUUCCCUGGGUUCGGCCCUGCGCUGGCUAGAGCUGUCCCGGCCAAUGCAGCUACUUUUGUUGGCGUCGAACUGGCGCACAAGGCCAUGACUAGGAUGUUUGAUUAA